AUGCAGCUGAACAAAGAGCGCCAACGCAAGAUCCGGAAUAUGCUGCACAAGUCCCUUCCACAAGAAAACAGUCGAGAGCUCGCCCUCCUCGAACGCAAUCAACAGCUCUCUCCGCUCCUCCGCCUCCCACCCGAGCUCCGCAACCGAAUCUUCGAGCUGAUCCUCGACGUCGGCCAAAUCAACGUCUGCUACAAACGCUGGGAGCAUCGAUCACGAACCACCAAAACCGGCCAGCGCUCUCACGAGACCGUCAACGGCGGGUUCUACUGCCGCAUCCUCGACAAACACCAGAACCCCUGGCGUCACCCGCGAGAUGGCGUGCGCCCUUCGCCUUCCUCCAUACCCACAACCGCGUCGUCGCUGCCAAGUCCACGGCCACGGCGGGGUAUGACGCUGCUCUCGCCCGUCUGUCGACAGUUGUACCACGAAACGGCGCUGCUGCCCUUUCGGCUGAACGCCUGGUCGUUUGACUCGUCGCAUACUAUGGACCGGUACAUUCUGAAGGAGAAACGACUGCCGUUGGCGCAGCGCCGCGCGAUACGAUUGUUGUAUGCGCAGACGGUGCUGACGUCGCCGGUGGAAAAGUAUUUUGGGGGGUUGGAGGUGAUUGUGCUUGGGACUGGGCUGACGAUGAUCAGGAGGGUGGAAGAGGAGGGAGACCCGGAGCGGGGGUAUAGGAAGGUUGUGGCGUGGGAUCUUUCGCAUACAAAGUGGAAGUGA